AUAAUUUAUCCCAAAAGCGAUGAACAGCGGCAGAGAUUGGGAGAAGCGGUUAAAAAUAUAUUACUCUUCCGUUCAUUAGAUCCCCUGGAAAUGUCUGAAGUAAUCGAUGCUAUGUUUGAAAGAAAAGUCGAAGAGGGAGAGAUCGUCAUCAGACAGGGAGAUGACGGCGACUACUUCUAUGUCAUAUCGGAUGGGACCUAUAAAAUUGUGGUGUCAGUAGACGACGGGUCUGAGCGAGAAGUGGGUGAAUACACGGGUUCGGGUAGUUUUGGUGAAUUGGCGCUCAUGUAUAAUAUGCCGCGAGCAGCCACUGUCAAAGCCAUGACA